GAUACGAACAAUUUGUACAUAAAUCCGCUAGAGAAAGACUCGCAGCAGAAGCAGCUGCAGCAGCAGCAGCAGCAGCACCAACAGCUCCUACUGCUCCAGCAGCGACCGGCUGUGGCCGGGGCGCCGCGAUCGCAGGUGAAGAAAAGUGCUUCCGGAGAUACGGCGCUGCGCAGCUUGGGCGCCAGUCCGAUGGACGACGAGUACCGCCAGUUCCAGACGCCGUUCGAUGCGACGGAUCGGGGCAGCCACGUCAGUCUGAACGAGACGCCCGUGCCCAAGCAUCGCAAGACUCGCUUCCAGCAGAGUUCCGCUUCCACGUCGGCGGCCCUUGCGGUGGCGGCCCGGCCCAAGACCCGCUUCGAGAACCUCAAAUCGUCGAUCGAAAGUCUGGAGGAGGCGGGUGCUGCCGGUGGUGGUGGUAGCAGCACCAGCGGGUCCGGCAGCAAAAAGUCGCGCCGUUCUUCCUUCAUGCCGGCGAAAAGUCUUGCCUCGGCCACCAAGCUCAUCAAUCAACAUCUGUUCGGUAUUCCGAAUCCGGCACCGAAAGAUUCGCUAGAAACGUCACCUCAAUUAGAAACACAUCGAAGAUCGAAAUCGAUCCUUAAAAACAAAUCCGAAGCGUCGCGUCUGUUGUCCGAUCCGGAGAGUGAACGGCUCCUGGCAGACAAUAUGUCCGGCUCCGGGGUCUCGGAUAAUGGUGCCAACAUGGGGAGCGACUCAAAUACUGAUUACUCGGGCAGUACGAUGAUUGCGACCUCGAUCACGCCGCUCGUACAGCGGCACCGGCUAACGCACCAACGAUCGACGCCGGCCUCGCUAGGUGCCACUGCCAAACCGUUGGCGGCCAGCAAAUUCUCCCAGCCGCGCUACUCGCAGGAAGAGGUCACCCGGCAAAGCAAACCACAGCUGACGCGUGGUGUCGGGAUCGGUACGUACGUCGACCAUCUUACCGGUGACCGGCGGUUGGAUUCUGGCACACGGGAAAGUAGCACAGAAUCGGAAACAGCAUUCUCAACAUAUCUUGCCGCUAGUAACAGCAAUAGUAAUAAGGAUAAGGCAUCGUUCGCCGGCAGCAGUCUUACGUCGAGUGACGAAAGCAAAACCACUACCAGCAGGGGCAACUCGGUCGAGAAUCACGGUGGUAGCAGUGGGUACGGUGCGUCAUCUUCGUAGCAGGAAACCUCCCGUCUUUGGGCGGACAAAACAUGCUGAGCGAGCAGCGCUCACUGGUUCGUGAACAUACUCUAGAAGACGUAUAAACCAUCAUCGAACUGCUGCUAGCGUGCUGCUGCUGCGCCUGCUUCAACGGAUACGAGAACAAUUCCUUACCAAACAGUAGCGAACCGAAGUGGAUAACUGGAUCGGAUAAAAGUUACUACCGUUAGCAAUCUGGCAAACCAUCAUCAUCAUCAUCAUCGCUCCAUCAUAACCUCAAUGCGUCAGUUUAGAAUUAUCGACACAUCCUCACAAUCGCGAGCGUCUCAUCGAACAGUUUCUUAGUGUAGCAACUCGUCGAACAAGCAGCUAGAGGUAUCUAAACGGGUACCUCACAUGACGACGACGACGACGACGACGGCUGCCCGUGAGUUCGUGGCUGUGGCAAAAAAUAGCACACAUACAAAUGAAACAAAAACAGAAAAGCAAAUACUGCCCUCCAUCCGCGAUUUCUAGUAGUGUUUGAGCGUAUCUUAACGUUUAGUCGCGUAGCGCGUAAGUUAGUAGCGGCGUAACGUCAGUAGCCAGGGCCGCCAAACCGUCGCCACCGGACAGCCACUCAGCGACCGAUUGGCGAUUGGAAGCUUAUCCUUUUUAAGUGUGGUAGCGUUACAUUUUAGCUGUGGAUCAGUAGCAAUCAUAGUAGUAGUAACACAAACACCUGUGACAACUCGGAGCUGUAUAAGAAACCAAAGAUAAACCACACACACACACACAUACUUACAGACUGUUGUACAUAGCACACCACACCAGCACGUGCUAGCAAAGCAAGUUUGCGAAACGAAUAGUUAGAGCCGUACAUAUACACACACACACACACACAAACGAUAACGUUACCUAACACUGUAACCAAUGCACUGAAUGUUUGAGGGUUCUCUUUUUACUGAUUUCCGACACCUUAACAAGGCUUUUUAAUAGGUAAGGUUUAGUAAGCAGCCGCCGAGCAGCUGGUUGAGUGUGACACGAAGCGCGGCACAGCGGAUACAGUGACAGUUACAAACUUAGUACAAUUAAGGGUGCUUACUUUAAAAAAAAAAAAGCUACAACUGCUAGAACUACUCGAGCUCCAGAGUCCAAGGCCAGGUCCAGCGCACACGUACACUCAACCCCUAAACUCACACAGCUUCCCGCCGCAAUGCCAUGCAACAGGAUGUCCAAGGCACAGUCCCUUCCAUUUGGAGGUGUUCCAUUUAAAAGAAAACACUUCUACAGAUAGAGCGAUCGAGCGAGGGCUCAACGCAAACCACCGCCGCCACCGUGAAACUCUACAAUACAGGAGAUUACAAGCAACUUGAUACAAUCUACAGAAGGCAGAGCAACACUAUUCGAGUGAUCGACCAGUUCCAUCCAUCCAGAGCGUUAUCCCGCAACGCAACUUGUUUCCUUCGAGGCAGCAAAUAUUUUUUCUGUUCCCCUUUUGUCUCACGUCUCCAGUUUUCUGGUACCAAGUGUGCGUUUGUUUAACAAACACACGAUUUGCAGCAGCAGCAGCUUUGAUAUUGUUGCGACUGUUUCUUAAAGCAAACACCUUUUUCUUGCGACUAUUCCAGCACGCUUUGGGAGAACUUUCUUACGAGUGAAAUUAACAAUCGAUACCCACAUACAUACAUAUAGAUACUAUCGACAAUUAGGCUACUAACCUCAAAACACCGUAUACUAAACCCUCAGCAAAAAUGCGAACAAUAUUUUCGAUUACAUAGACAAUCAAGUUAUUCAUUUUCAGUGGGGGGGAGGGGGGUGUUGGCUAACAGCAACCGCAACAGGCUUCAGAAUGGUUCCCAUCCUUCACAUCUGCUCCUACACAGCGCCUAAAAUGCGGCAAUUCGAAUACAGUACUGUUAUACAGGCCUUUUGAGAUUUAAAAAGUCCAGGCGAACUAGUGAGAGACCACGCGGAGUGAACUUACCCUUAGACAGCUUACAAUCGAAAGCAAUACAAUCUUACCACUACACACACACACACUCAGCUCUACACAUAGCAAAACGAAAGGAAAAAAACAAUCGAAAUUAGAAAGAAAGUAUACAGAAAACCCGGCCACGCGGUACACGCGCGGAAGUCUACCGUUUUUUCGCCAUUUUACUGCUUCAACUUUCCAACUUUUCUCCCGUGGGAGUGACACUGGACUGGCACACUUACCUGUGGCACACUAAACCGUCGUUCCCCGGUCCUCCUAACCUAACCUUAAGCUAGGAAUCUAGGCUUUGCUGUCGUACAACGCAACUUUUAGGGAGACACCAUUUUUGUGCUUGAUCAUCGUUGGACCCAGGGCCAACAGUCGCGGCCCUACGUUAUACCUAAUCAAUGUUCUUCGGCUAAGUGUGAGAGAGAGAGAGAGAGAGAGAGAGACGAAAAAACAAACACACAAAACUCGGAAUACUAAUAUGAUAAAUUACGAAACACGUCGUAUCUAACUAACGCUCUACGAGAAGCGUGCUGCAAUAUGCUGCUUGCCUACAACACAUUAUGCAUUAACAGUCCAGUAAUUCAUAAUACACGAGCGAGAAAACAAAGCCCAAAAAAACAAAGAAAGAAAACACUACUAACUAAGUCAAAAGCACAUCGAAAACAAGGGAGAACCAAUUCAAGAAAACAAAAGCAAAACAUUUAAUGAAAAACGGUCGCUUAUUAUACAACUAAAAGUUGAACGCCUGUUUCAUCAUCUACACUAUUCACUCACCUUACAAACAAACAAAGAAGAAAAAGAAUACAAAAAGAACUCACUCACUCACUCAUACUAAGAAACAAAAAAACACACACACACACAAACAAAAAACGUAAUUAUUAUAAGUAAGAGAAUGGCUUAUAUCUGUGAUUUAAAUAACAAAGAAGAAGAAAACAAAAGAAAACAAAAAAGGAAUAUAAAACACACAACACACAAAAAGAAGCAACAACAAAACAAACAACAAACCAACAAAAAAAAAGCUAUAAAAGUUAAAGUAAGCCUGUUGAAACUAGAGGAAGAAAACGAAAGUCGAUAAGAGAGAGAGCCAGAGAGGAAGAGAGAGAGAGAGAAGAAACGAACAAAACGAACGCGCUAUAUAAUUAUAAAGCAAAGCAGUAAGCGUAUGUAUAUUAUAGGUGCGAAAAGGUAUGACACAGAAGCAAACAAAACUAGCAAAAUGAGAUUAACAAAACAAAAGAGAAGAGAGAGAGAGAUUGCGCAGCAAGUGUGAGCAAGAUGUUAUUAGAAGAAAAAAAGGAAAGAAAAGUUAGAAAGAGCGAGAAGAGUGCAACACGGUGGACGUAAUACGUUAACAUUGAAUAAUAUUAUAAAACAGAAGGUAAAAGAGAAAACAUUGAACCGUGCUUUUUAAAUAUUUUCUAUAUGAAGACAUUACAUUAUAUAGAUAUAUACAUACACAGAUAAAUAUACAAAAUUACCGAAAGCAGAAGACGAACACGAAGCAACCCGGAGCAAAUAGCAAAAGCAAGAGCACGAAACAAAACGGAUACACUCACAAACUGAAAAACAAAACAAAACUAACAUAUAGUAGCACAAAAUUGCAAUCGCAUAAUGGUUGAAUGAAGAAAAAGAAAGCAGAUAAGAAGAAAAGAAAACACACACACACUAGCACAACAGCAAAAAGAAAAGGAAGAAAAACGAAAGAAGGCAAACAAGCGAUGAACGAAGAAAAGCAGUGUUAGAGCAAACAAAACGAGGAGGGGAAAAAACAAAGGAAAAACAGAAGCUAGAUAAUUAAUAAAAAUGUUACAUUAAAUUAUACUCUUAUAUACAUACGUAUAGAUAUAUAGAUAUAUAUAUUAUACAUAUAUACAUAGGCGAAAUCGUAAUGUGUAAGAUCGUGUACAAUGCUAAGGUCUCUGUAUCGUUACGGCUAGAAGUUAGGAUCAUGCGCACGAAAUCAUCCCCCCCAUCCCCUAAAAUCGCUGCUAGUAAACUAGAAUGGCCACCAUUACCCACUCAUAAACCUCCACUCCACCCCCCCUGGUCACUUUUUAAUAGCCCCCAGUCAACCGUGGAAAAUCAGUCGGCUCAGGCUCAGUUCUCCGUAACGAACCUUCCCAUACGCUGUUACUAGUGUAAUGCAACUACAAUUACUACCACUACUUCUACUACUACUUCUACUACUACUCCUUCUACUAGUAAUGACAAGGUUCUUCAAAAUCUUUCUUACCAGUGUACAGCUACAAUAGCCAGACAUCUUUCAGAAUGGACACGUCCGACACGUUGCUGCCCCACAAUCCCAGUUCGUUCUGUUCGCUUGUCACGCUGCGUGACGCACCCAGUUCUCUAGUCCUGUUCUCUAGUCAAUUUUGGUAAGGUGAAUGAUGAUAGGUCGCAAGGUAGUGAUUGUUGUAUGUGUAUGUGUACACUAUUGUUUUUUUCCAAGUUCGUUGUUCGGUUUUUAAUGUUAGCUUUGUAUGGCAAACGUUUGUUACUUAGUUACUCCGUUUUCUUUAUUAAAUAUUUACACAAACAAUUAUAUGAGUUUGAGUCUACACUGGAGGAAAACUAAAUAAAGGCAAAAAGGUUAUUAUUUACCGUGUCGUGUGUCGGUGUAGAGUUUACAUUCUUUCAGCAGUAUGAAAAGAAAAGGCAGCAGCUUUCCAUUCCACACGUUUUCUUCCUUCUUAUCACAAAUCAUGCCACUUUUCAAACACGCACUUUUCAAAGGAAAGAAAAAGGAUGGUUUUUUUCUUAUCUCCCAAUUUCUAAAACGAUGUAAGUGACGAAGUGUGCAAAAGCAAAAAAAAACAAAAACACGGAGCGCGGUCCUGCAAAUGUCCUAGUUUUGAAAACAAAAAGAGCAACAAACGAUGUAAAAAAAAAAACAAACCAUUGCGAAAAAGAAACGUAUGGCAAAAUUUAAGCGAAAGCAAA